AACCUAUCGUAUUAUUUCUUCUUUGUGUUGUGCAUUAUAAAUAGACAAUUUAAAAUUCAUAUUUCAUGUGUCCUUUGAAAUUUUUUGUAAAAGAAAAUAAAAAUUUUUAUAAAAAGAUAUAGAUAAAUAUAUAAAAUGGAUGAACUAAGUGAACCUAUGGAUGUGGAAAUGCUUCCAAUUAUUGAUGACAGCAAGAUUGUUGAUUCUGAUCAAACAAAUGUAAAAACAUUUAAUACGAACAAUGUACACGUAUCAGAGGUACAGUUAGAUAACCGUUAUGAAAAUCGUGGUGGUACUUUUAUGACAGGCAUAGAUAUAUUUAGUAAAGAAGAAAAACUCAAAAUGGAAGAGAGAGCUAAGCGUUUUGGAUUAACAGAUAAAAUAAAAAAUAAUCUAUCAAAUCAAGAACAAGAUUUAUAUUCUAGUAUGGGCAUUGUAGAAGACAGUGAAAAUACAAAAAAUAUUAGAUUAAAUGUAAUACAUAUGAGAGGAACUGAAGAAAUGAGUACCAAAGAUGUUUUUAAAUAUUUUGAAGAUUAUGCCCCAGCUUCAAUUGAAUGGAUUAAUGAUGUUUCAUGCAAUGUAGUAUGGUUAGACAAUUUAUCAGCUGCUAGAGCUAUGUUGGGAUUAUCAAAAAGAAUUAUGGGUUUAGAAAAACAAAAAAGUACAAAAACACUUGAUAGUAAUCCUGAUGAAGAAAACAAUGUAGCUAAUGAUGAUUAUACUGUUGAAAUGGUUGAAGAUAAUGAAACUGUAACAAAGAGUAUAGAGGAAGGCUAUAUAAGUAUCAAGGAUAUUAAUUGUCCAUUACCACCUGGUUUAUGGAGGAAGGGUAUAGAUUAUCCUAAAUCUAAAGCAAUAUUUCUUAGAUUUGCUACUAGAGCAGAUAAAAAGCAACCAAAUGCAGAAAAAAUGAGUGAAUAUUAUAAAAAAUAUGGAAAUCCUAAUUUUGGAGGUAUUAAAGGAAUUUUAACUGAGUCUCGAAAACGAAUGUAUAAACAAAUUAGACAAAGUAAAAGAAGAUUCAAAGAAGAGUCACAAGAAGAUGUUAAAGAUAAAAAACGUGUGAAAAAUCCAUGGGGUGCGUUAUCAGAAAGUUGGGGACUUAAUGAUGCUAUAGAAAAUGAAUUUGGUACUAGAAAUGAAUCUAGAGAUCAAGGACGUAGUGUGAAAGAUAGAUUAGGGAUAAAAUAUUCCCAAAAAGAAAUUACACACACUGAAGAACAACAAAGUACUUCAAGUAGUGAUAGUGAAAAUGAAUGGUGUAAAAGAAGUAAAGUAUUACGAAUGCGUAUGCAUGCGGAUGAUGAAGAAAAAAAAAUACACAAACGUCGCGCAAAACUUCGAGAACAAACAAUAUUAAAUAACUUAAGUAAAGGCAAUGAUUUACGAUCGAGGCUCAGCAAAUCAAAAAAAGGAACGCAAUUUCGUGAUGCAAUCCAAGUAGUUGUAACAAAUACAAAUGUAACAAAGUCGAAUUCAUUAAAACUUAAUGAAUCAGAGGAGGAAGAUGGUGAAAUUAUAGAAGAUAAUGAAAGCCAGGAAAAAGAAGAAGGCGAAUGGCAAGGAUCUGAUGUAGAACGAGAAGAAGACGAAGACGAAAAUUAUAGUGAUGAAGAUAGUGACAAACCAGUAAAAGAAGUCCAAGGACCUAAAGGCAGUGUAAUAAAAGUAGUUCAGCAUAAACCUCGUGUUGCUUCUACAGUGUGGGCAAGACUUAACAAUGUAAAAAGCGAAGUUAUUGAUAAAUCUAUCAAAAAUAGGCAAUCAAGAAUACGAGAUCUCAGAAAUACAUUAAAAGGUGAUCUUCGAUCUCGAAUCGGAAAUCAUACAAGAGGUCGUUCUCCUUUAAGGAUAGAAGUGAAAAAUGAUAAAUAUACAGAAGGAAGUGAAACAGAAUAAUUAUCGAUUAGUCAAACAAAUUGUCAUAAAAAAUGUGGAAUGUGGUUGUGGUGUUCUAUUUCAGUG